CUCAUCUUCCAUAUAUCCAACAAAAAUGGAGUCCGCCACCAUUUUCCUCCUCAUACUUUCCUUCAUCGCCGCCGCCGCCUCUGCCGUCGAUCCCGCCCGACAGAACUCGCCACAGGACUUCCUGGACGCCCACAACCGCGCACGAGCGGAGGUGGGCGUCCAGCCACUCGCGUGGAGCGCCACCGUGGCCGACUACGCCCUCCGCUACGCCAAGCAGCGCUACGGCGACUGCGAGAUGGAGCACUCGAUGGGGCCGUACGGCGAGAACCUGGCGGAGGGGUGGGGGCAGCUGUCGGCAGUGGACGCCGUCGGCAUGUGGGUCAGCGAGAAGUCCUACUACGACUACGCCUCCAACUCCUGCGUCGGAGAUGAGUGUGGCCACUACACGCAGGUGGUGUGGCGCGACUCCACUCAUGUCGGCUGCGCGCGGCGGCAGUGCCGCAACGGCUGGCUCUUCGUCAUCUGCUGCUAUGAUCCGCCGGGAAAUUACGUCGGCCAACGCCCUUACUACAAAUAUUAGUACCUUAUCAUAUUAAUGUUGAAAUGGGAAAUUAUCUAUAUUUAUUGCUUGUUGCCUAUGCUAUAAAAAAUGUCAUUUUUUUUUUGAAUUAAA